UACCCGGAUGGGCGGGAGCUGCUUCCCAUUCACUGUGCCGACCGCCGACAUGACCAGACCACUGUUGCUGCCGCUCGCUGCUCUACUGCUACUCACAGCCGUGGUCGACGCUAUUGGACUGUGUCAUCGGGACCACUUUGAGUGUGGUGAUGGGAAAUGUAUUCUUUCACGCUGGCUUUGUGAUGGACAGUCCGAAUGUGAAGAUGAUUCGGAUGAAUCGCUGGAGACUUGCAAGAAUAAGACCUGUGGCUCCCGUGAGUUCAGCUGUGGUGGACGUGUUAACAAGUGCAUCCCAGCGUCCUGGCGCUGUGACUCUGAGACUGACUGUGAGAACCGGUCUGACGAGGAGAAUUGCCCUGCCCAUGUCUGUAAAGACAAUGAGUUCCAGUGCCACGAUGGAAACUGCGUCUCUCUGCAGUUUACCUGUGACGAAGAGGAUGACUGUGCUGAUGGCAGCGACGAACUAGAGUGUCCGCCACGGACCUGUGAACCCGCAAUGUUCCAGUGUGACAACGGCAUGUGCAUCCCAAGACUGUGGGCUUGCGAUGGUGAACCCGAUUGCCCCGAUAAAUCGGAUGAAUUCUCACAGAACUGCGGACGUCCAACAACAUUUGAACGUCCCAAUCCCUGCACUGCCCUAGAAUUCCAUUGUGCCACCAGUGGCGGGUGCAUCCACGUGAAAUGGCGCUGCGACGGCACCACAGACUGCAGGGAUAAAUCUGACGAGGAGAGCUGUGCUGUGACAACUUGCCACCCUGAUGAAUUUCAGUGUGAUGACGGGACAUGCAUUCAUGGAAGCCUUCAGUGCAACAAACAGUUUGACUGUCAUGACCACAGCGAUGAAGUUGGGUGUGUAAAUGUGACCAAGUGUGAAGGUCCCCACAAGUUCAAAUGUAGGAGUGGGGAGUGUAUCCUCCUGGACAAAGUGUGUGACAAGCAGCGUGAUUGCCGAGACUGGUCCGAUGAGCCCGUGAAGGAGUGUGGUGAUAAUGAAUGCCUGAAAGAAAAUGGAGGCUGUUCACACAUCUGUAGAGAUCUGAAAAUCGGUUAUGAAUGUCUCUGUCGACCUGGGUUCCGACUGGUUGAUAAUACCAAAUGUGAAGAUAUUGAUGAGUGUGAGAACCCAGAUACAUGCAGUCAGAUUUGCAACAACCUGAAUGGUGGAUUCAAAUGUGAGUGCAACGAAGGAUAUCAAAUGGAUCCAGUGACUCAGCAAUGCAAAGCAAUUGGGACUGUGGCAUAUUUGUUCUUCACCAGCCGGCAUGCUGUCAGAAAACUGACUCUUGAUCGGAGUGAGUACACCCAGCUGGUCCCCAGUCUGAAGCACGUUGUGGCACUCGACAUGGAGGUGGCCACAAACAAGAUCUAUUGGGCGGACAUGGAUCAGAAGAAAAUCUUCAGUUCUCUAAUGGACCAAGCUGAGAACUCUUCUCAUCAUUCUACAGUGAUUGAGACUGAGAUUGAAGCACCAGAUGGUCUGGCUGUUGACUGGAUUCACCAGAACAUCUAUUGGACAGAUUACCGUGCCAGUACUGUCUCUGUGGCUAACACCGCUGGAACAAAAAGAAAAGUCCUCUUCAAAGAAGCAGUUUCAAAGCCCAGGGCCAUUGUUGUGGAUCCUGUCCAUGGGUUUCUGUAUUGGAGUGAUUGGGGCUCCCCUGCCAAGAUUGAGAAAGGUGGUUUGAAUGGAGUGGAUCGUACGUCACUAGUCAGUGAAGGGAUUCAAUGGCCAAAUGGAAUCACCCUGGAUUUGGAGAAUCAGAGACUCUAUUGGGUAGACUCCAAAUUGCACACUUUGUCCAGUAUUGGUGUUGCUGGUGACAACAGGAAGACCUUGAUCAUCUCAGAAGACAAGUUGGCUCAUCCCUUUUCUCUGGCUCUAUUUGAGGAUACGGUCUUCUGGACGGACAUUGAGCAUGAGGCUAUUUUCAGUGCCAACCGGCUCACUGGUGGUGACAUUCUCACGGUCAUUGAGAACCUCGACGGUCCCCAAGACAUUGUCCUCUAUCACCAUCUUCGGCAGCCCAAAGGUAUUAACUGGUGUGAGCAGAAUGGGCAGGUAAAUGGUGGGUGCGAGCACCUCUGCCUUCCAGCACCACAGAUCACCUCGCAUUCUCCAAAGUACACGUGCGUUUGUCCUGAUGGCAUGCAACUGGGGUCGGACAUGAAGCGCUGUGUUGCAGCUGACGUUGUACCCGUCAAGGCGAGCACAGCCAAAACACCGAGUCACCGUGCGAUGACCACAACAGCCAGCCCCACUGCAGCCAGGAAAGUCACCACCCUCGGCACCAACACUGCUCGCACCAAUCCCACCACACGUCCCACAGUCCAGGAAAUGCUCACCGCUAUACAGAAAGCAGUGAAAAGUGAGGUUGCGGCCGAAGCAGCUGUUAGUAAACACGGAGGAACAAAUGCAUUGUGGAUUGUUCUACCACUGGCAAUCCUGGUGCUGCUCAGCACUGCUGUGUAUUUCAUAUGGAAAAACUGGAGGCUGAAGAACACCAACAGCAUCAACUUUGAUAACCCUGUGUACCAGAAGACCACUGAAGAUGACGAGGUCCACAUCAGCCGAAACCAGGUCGGCUACACCUAUCCCACGAGAGCAGUGGUAAGCUUGGAUGACUUUGGUGCUUGAUGCAAAGAACCUACUGCAAAGUGCCUCACUGGAGCCAUAGAACCCAUGGAUUGGAAUGUCAGCUGUACUGUGCAGCCCAUCCUGCACACACUCCUUUAGUUUCUCUACUGCCCUACCCCAAACUCGGCAGAACCACUCCAAAUGUAUUUUGGGUUGUUUUUUUUUGCAAUCAAUGUGCCAUUUACUGUGGUUAUUUUUAAUUAUGGUUUUUGUAAAGACCCCGACUUCAGAUAUUACUUGACUUCCUGAAUGAGAAAAACUUUCUUGAGGACUCAUGAAGGCGCUUGCUAAAAGUGCCACGUAUCUGAUGUGAUCAGAAAUGGACACUGAUCAUCGUGGGUUAAUCUACUGAAUGUAAAGAAGGGAUUUAAAUAUGAAGACUUACAGAACUAGAUUGUACAUAACAUUAGAGCAAGAUUUUGACUAGAGUUGCAUAUUUUUGUAAAUAACAUUGUACAGCCAGGUUUAGUGGGAACGAGCUGGAGUUCUCUUUCCUCAGUCACACAUGAAAUAACUUGGGGCUGGUCAACAGAUGGGCACUGGCCGUUUCCUAUAUGCUGCUGUUCAAAUGAUGGCUUUGAGGAUUUUGUUUAUAUUUGGAUCAAGUGCAAGUUUAUGUACAACUUUGUACAUAAUCGUAUCAUUAUUGUAAAGAAUGCUCACCUUGAGUGUUUGUACAAUUCACUCCCAGGGUUGUGUGCAAUCCCACAUUGACCAGAGAGCAUUGGAGGUAUCCUUAGGCAAUAUGUGCCAAGCACUGCUCUAAUCCCUGUAAUCACAGGACACUGCCAGUGGACCUCCACAACUGGGGCUGACCCUCUGUUUUGAGUUGGUGCCAGCCCCACGUUUGAACCCAGCUCGCUCUUUAAUUUGUAAAUAACUGUAAAUUGUACAAAGAUUUUGCAGAAGGAAAUGUUUAAUAACUUGCAGUGUUGAUGUAUGUUUAAUUAUUUAUUUAUUUCUGUCUUCUGGAGCCGUUUAUUGUGAAGCCACUGACUCCAUGCAGCUUCCCCAGUGCUAUGUGGAGUUGAAUCCAUGAAGCACUGGGCUGGGUUCAAAUCAGUACCUGUCCUAACUUUGUCUUUUCCUGUUUUAAAAUGUAAAUAUUUACAAUAGCUGCUUUCUGACAGCGCAUUUUUGCUAAAUGGGUUUGUCUUUCUACUUGUUAAAUUUACACUUGCAGAACAUAUAUUUAUUUACAAAAUAAAAAUGUUUAAAAAAUAUUAGACUCUAAAGCAGAACCCAUUCCACUGGGCCACAGCAGGAUGUGUUCACGUUGGCAGGCAGCAUGGCCCCCAGUUGGUUAAGAAGCGGGGAUGGUGAGGAGAUUUGUCAAGUUGUGUAAAGUGAUGGUGCAUGCAUGUACCUAUUGGCACAGGAUCCUGCACAGAGCUGGUCUUGUAACUGGCUAAAUUGUGACCGCCUUCCAUGCACACUUCAGUGUUGUGCUUCUACUAUGAAUGUUAUUCACUACCUAUUACCCCUGCUACAAAACUUGAAGGAACCCACGGGAGUGGUUGGGUGCUUGCAACAAAGUCUGGUUCUCUCUCUCGCUCUAUUGGCAAGGUAGCAUGGUGUCCUUGUUAACAAGGCCAAGUGGCUUGCCCUGAAUCCUAAUGCCCAGGGUGUGCUUAACUUCAAGGUUGUCAAGCAGUUCAUUAACCUACAGGAUAUAUUGGUUAAUCUUAAAAUUAUUUUGUCAAUGUUCUGUGCAAUACCUUGCUACCUCUGCUGCCAUAUCACUGUAAAUUUGAACUUGUGAGACUUUCAUUGCAGUUUUUAAACGAGUUAAUGGAUAUAUAAAUCUGGAGCUGCUAUUGGGUCAAUCUUACUGCAAUCUGUUCAACUUAAAUGUUGUCUAUCUUGCCAUAAUGUUUCUUGAUGCAACUGAACCUUUGUGUAAAGCAAACUCAUGAAUGUCAGGCUAGGUGAUCUUGUCUAAAUCACAGCGUACCUUUCUUGCAUUGUUUUUCCAGCAAUCGGAUAAAUAAAAUGAUUUCAAAGU